GCGGGAGGAGGAGGAGGCUCCACAAUAGAGAAGCAGGAGCACACACACAUUCGCGCACACACUCCUAGGCAGAAGCGCAUAGACGCGCGCAGGGAAACAGUGCGGCUGCGACAGCGGCGGCUUCAACACAGCGGCUCUUCAUCAGCGAGAUUAGCAGCAGGUUUUUCUGAUCUCCUGAUCCCUCCUGCGCUCUGGACUGACAUGCACGAGAGCGAGAUGCGGCUGAAGAUGCGCGUGCGGCGCAUUAAGGAAGGGCGAGAUCUGAGAGGUGGUUUUGCAGCAUUUUCCUCCUGUUUUCCUGAGCUGUGUGAGAAUAAACCAGCAUCGAUUCUCCCUCUCAGCCUUUCCCAACCCUGUUUACCAGUGGCAAACAUCGGUCCCACACGGAUCCUUCCUCACCUGUACCUAGGCUCCCAGAGAGACGUCCUUAAUAAGGAGGUGAUGUCACAGAAUGGGAUCACAUACGUCCUGAAUGCCAGCAACACAUGUCCCAAACCAGACUUCAUCAGUGAAAACCAUUUCAUGCGCAUUCCCGUCAACGACAGCUACUGCGAGAAGCUGCUUCCCUGGUUGGAAAAAACCAACGAGUUCAUCGACAAAGCCAAGGUGUCAAACUGCAGAGUCAUCGUCCAUUGCCUGGCUGGCAUUUCCCGCUCCGCAACCAUCGCCAUUGCCUACAUCAUGAAAACUAUGGGCUUGUCCUCAGAUGAUGCCUACAGGUUUGUAAAGGACCGUCGUCCAUCUAUAUCUCCAAAUUUCAACUUCUUGGGUCAGCUGCUGGAGUUUGAGAGAGGUUUGGAGAUGAAGAGUCUGCCUUGUCCCAUAAGAAUAGAAGCAAAUCCAGUUAAAGAGGUGACGGAGAUCCGAAAGAUGGAGAGUGACGACCAGAGGACUUCACAAACCACCACAGAGAUCACCGUAAAUCCUCCAUCGCCUACCUCCCUCCAGAAAGACCUCAGUUCCCUUCAUCUGUCCACCGAAAAAAUCCUUCAAAACAAGCGGCUCAAGUGUUCCUUCUCCCUCGACAUAAAGUCUGUCUACUCCUCAAGCCCAAACCAGAACUCUUCUCCAAACUCUGACAACUCACCAAAAAUAUGCAGACUUGAUAAUCUGAAGAACACCAAUGGAGUAAGUCAGUCAAAGUGUACAAUAUCAACCCAGAUUGGCUUCAAAAGGUUGUCCGCUACGACUCUUUCCCUCAAUUUGAAGCAAGAAAACUCUGGACUUCAAGAUCCCAAUUCCGAGACCAAUACAAAAGCGCCUUUAUUGUUGGGAAAAUCUGCUUCUUGGACCACGCACAGAGGCUCAAAUCAAGCCAGCACCCCUAUAACACCCACCGGUGACUGCCCUUGGUUUUUAGCCACUAAUUUGGCACCUUCUGGAACCUCUGCUCACUUUGGCAGCACUCCUACAUAUUCGGCCUACAGUUGCAGUGGCCAAUCUGGCAACCCAAAGCCUGGAGUAUACCAAAGAGACAAAACACAGGGGGAUUCUCGGGAUUUGAGCAGCUGGCUCGAUGACGGGAAAACCCAAAUUGUGUGUGGCGUAUCGCAAGUAGACACUAAAUACAAGCGACGUAGUUGCCAGAUGGAGUUUGAAGAUGGUAUGAGCACAACACAAAGCGGCGAGGAAUUCGGGAAGCUGGGCAAGCAAUCCAGUUUCUCUGGCAGCAUGGAGGUCAUUGAGGUUUCAUGACAGAAAACAAACUGUUUAUUUAUUGCCGAGUUCUGUCGUUGAAGAGAUUCGCAUCUAAAAGAGACUCAUACUUUUUUUAAAGGUGCCAUAGAAUGAAUUGAUUUAAUGUCAAAUUGUUUUCUACACAGUAAUUAUGUGGGAGAAAUAGUCAAGAAAUGGCUUUGUGCUCAUUUAUAAAUCACAGGAAAUACACCCAGAAUGAAAAGCUCAGGUUUGACCAUAUUUGGAAUGGUCAUGAAUAUUAAUGAGCCCUGAUCUGAUGCUCUGCAGGUCAUCAGUGCAUGCUCACACAUACAAAAUACACACAUGAAAUACACAAUACAUGUAAAACAAUCAUAAUUUAUUAGUCCAAAAAACUAUAUUUAAACAAACUGAAUAUAUUCCUUGUUAAACUGAAGUGAUAGAGAGUUUUAUUUUAGCUAGAAGGAGCAAAUUAAAUUAAAUUAAUAAUUAAUAGAAAUUAAUUUAAAUUAAACUAAUCUACAUUGAAAAUUAAGUUAAUUCCCAGUACUGGGUUGCGGCUGGAAAGUCAUCCACUAUGUAAAACAUAUGCCAGAAUAGUUGGCGGUUCAUUCUGCUGUGGCAACCCCUGAAAAUUAAGGGAUUAAGCUGGAGGAAAAUUAAUAAUUAAAUUAUGUUGCUUAGUUAUGGAUGAAAUAUAGGUAAAAUUAUUAUUAUACUUGACAAAAAGGCAGAUAGAGAUGUACUUUGUCGUAUUUUGUGUUUUUUUAUUAUUAUUUUUUAGGGGUUUUCACCUUUAUUGUGAUAGGACGAUGGAGAUUAUGGACAGGAAAGCAUGGGGAGCAAAGAUAGGGAAAGGGUCGGCAAAGGACCUCGAGCUGGGAAUCAAACUCAGGUCACCGUGAACACCUAAGAGCCAUGUGUCGACGCACUAACCACAAGGCUAUUGGCGGCGACGUAUUUUUUGGUUUUAACAUGUAUAUGAACGCACAGGCAGAAAUGAAUAUCAACCUCUGCAUAAACAGAUGAGCUUUAUCAAGUUUGUGGCAUCCUUUCACUCCAGAAUAAUCAGAAUAAGAGCAGAGUGAUAUGACACAAUGCAUGACAUGUGUUUGUUGCCUCGUUACAAACGUAGGCGGCCAGUUUCACAAUAUACACAUACAAUAUACACAAUAGACAAAAUUUGGAUGAAUAAAUUUUCCAUGAUUGCAUUAAAAUCAGAACUCUAUAAUGUCUCUCUUUCAAAAUAAGAGCCUCACAUACAUAGUUAUAUAACAUUGAAAUUGUAAUCCCAUUAGCAAACAUUGUGGCCAAUUUAAAGCAUGCAUAUUAAUGAUCCUGUGUGAAUUGUAAGUGUGUGUUUUCUUCUGAUCUGGCUUGUUUUUCGCUGGGAUUUUACACUCACGGGAUUUACAUAAGAAUGAGGAAACAAUGGUGUUUGAGGUUCACUGAACUCUUAUUAUUGAGCUAAAUCAGUAGCUUCAUUAUAUGGCAACUUUAAACAAAGAAUAAUGUGUUGUUGAGGAAGCACAUUCAGUAUGAACAGACACAAUCUCUGGUAUUAUGUAGGACUACCAGUGUUUUUAAUGAGCUUAUAAUGACAUAUAAUAACAUGCACUCUUACCAAAGACCUCACGCGGUGUCCUUUUCUCUGGCAUGUCAUCUUAUGGUACACUCAAAAAAAAAAACAAGUAUUGAUGGACGAUAUCCUUCUAGCAUGACCAUACAAAGACGCUAAACAUGGAAGAAUGAGGGUGUGUGUGUGUUUUGAUGCAAAUUAGGGCACUUAAUGGUGACUUUUGCCUGAGGGGAAGCUGUAUGUACUAUGCCCAAGUUUGAGAAGAUGUAAUUGCUGUGCGACGUUUAUUUUUUUGUCAUUGCCCUAAGAUCUAUUUAGCUAUGGAUUGAGAAAAUGAGGGUAGUUGCAAUCAACGAUUGUCACAAUUCAGUGUUAUACAUUUUAUCCCCAGAUGCAGAGUGAAAAUAUGAAGUGUAUGUUGACGCUGAGAUAUUCUCAGACCUACUACUGUGCACUGAGCAUGCUCAGAAUGGCUGGCUACCUACAAACUGACAAGCUGCAUCCCGCAGCACUACGUAUUAAGCUGUAAAUCUAGACUUAUUUACAUAUAUAUGUAAAAGAAAUUUACUUCAAUUUUAAUGGUCUAUUUAAAGUUUCAUGCCUUUUUUGCUUUAAUUUAUUGUAUUGGUUUCAUUCUGGCAAUGAGCAAUAAUAUAUUAUUUGAAAACA